GCCGGGCUGAGGCGGGGGCUGCGGCGAGGGGGACCCGGCAGCGCCGAGUCAAGCGGGGCCGAGCCAGAUAUGAACAAUGACCAUAGUUAACAAGCCAAAAUCUUCAAAAUCUAAAAAAUCAUCAUCAAGGCGAUCUAACAAAUCUAAGAAACCCCGUACUAAAAAAAUGACAUCACGCACCGCAAAUUUGGGCCGGGUACCACCUGCAGAAGAUCCAAACAAAGUCUCUGUAGACAAAGGACCUGGGGGUGCUAUUUAUUGUAGAACAUCUCAAAAAGCUAAGCCUUUUGCCCGAAGAGAUCUAGUUGUUAAUGAUGGAAUUGCCCCACCACAAAUGAUUCUUUUUCCACCGGAGAAAAUUUGUAUGGAUUGGGAGCAAACACAAAGUGUUGGAGUUGGACUGCUCAAUCUUGGCAACACCUGUUUCCUCAAUUCUACUCUGCAAUGUCUGACCUACACGCCUCCCCUCGCCAAUUACAUGCUUUCCCUUGAACACACCCAGUCAUGUGGUGAAAAAGACUUCUGCAUGAUGUGUGCAAUGGAAACUCACAUUAACCAGGUCUUGUGUUGCUCUAAUGCUCCCAUCAAACCUACAUCUGUUAUCAACGGCCUUAAAAGAAUUGGAAGAAAUUUCCAUUUUGGCAGUCAAGAGGAUGCACAUGAAUUCUUAAGUUUUACUGUUGAUGCUUUACAGAAAGCUUGCUUAAAUGGAAGCACGAAACUGGACAGAUCCUCUCAAGCCACCACACUUAUUUAUCAAAUAUUUGGAGGUUAUCUGAGAUCCCGAGUGAAGUGCAUGAACUGCAAAGCUGUUUCUGACACAUAUGAGCCAUUCCUUGAUAUUUCUUUGGAUAUAAAGGCAGUUACAUCCAUUACCAGAGCUCUAGAACAAUAUGUGAAACCAGAACAACUGGAUGGUGAAAACAGCUAUAAGUGCAGCAAGUGUAAAAAGAUGGUUCCUGCAUCAAAGAGGUACACAAUACAUCGAUCUUCCAAUGUUCUUACACUAUCACUGAAAAGAUUUGCUAAUUACACCGGUGGAAAGAUCAACAAGGAAGUAAAAUAUCCUGAAUAUUUGGAUCUUCGGGCAUAUAUGUCCCAAUCAAUUGGAGAACCACUCAUCUAUGCUUUAUAUGCAGUUCUUGUACAUAAUGGUUUCAGCUGUAACGCAGGACACUAUAUCUGCUACAUAAAGGCUGGUAAUGGGCGAUGGUAUCGAAUGAAUGAUGCCUCAGUAGAGCUUUCUGAUAUCAAAACAGUUCUCAAUCAGCAAGCUUAUGUACUUUUUUAUAUCAGGCGCUAUGACCUGUCGCUCGGAGAACGUGCGUUUUACUUGCCAGCUCCAUCCUAUCCCCGUUCCUUCCUGGGCCAGCGAGGGGCUAAUAGUAAGCAGGCUGGAUUUAUGGGACCACGACUUCCUCCUCAUAUGAUUAAGAAUUCAAGUCGUUUAAAUGGAAAUGGACCCCUAAAAGAGGAUCCAAAUACUGUUGGCGUCACCCUGAAAAGGCCAUCGUCAGCUCCACCGACAGCAUGUGUUCAGAACUGGGCCAUUACCAGGCCUUCACUUACUGAUGCAUCAAAAAGUCAGAAGAUCACCAUCAGUAUUCACAACAAACUGCCUGCACGUCAGACCGUGUCCCGCCCCGCCUGUCCUAGUAGUGCUGUGGAGGAUGAGGACCUAAGCAAGCCUGUUCCUUCAUCCACCAUUACCAAUUAUUCCGCAGCGGAGUCUACCUCAAAUACAUCUGUAGUGUCAGUUGCUGCUGACAUUUCUAAACAGGAAGUUCCUGAUGAAAUUUUUGUCAACCCAGCAGUGAAUGGAAAUGCUAAAGUAAGCUCCAAUAACACAGUCCCGUACAGUGCAGAGCCUUCAGGAAAAUCUGAGGAGACAAAGGGCUUGUUUAAACGGAACUGCAACGUAGUGUCUUCUAAUGGAAUUUUGAUGGGAAAGGUGGUUCAUGCAUUGCAGAAUUCCCAUGCUUCCUGCCAGAAUGCUGAAGAAAGAUCCCAGCAUGAGCUGCCAAAAAGUGAUUCACUCAAUGGUGCUAUUAGUUUAGAUAAUGAAUCUAAAGAAAAUGGACCAAAACGUAAUGAUUCCACUUGCCAAGUGCCACCUGUAAAACCAUCUGAGAUUUUCUUUUCUAAAACAAAUGGAUUGCUUGACACAAUGCCUAUACCUCAAGAAAUAAUACUAGAGUCUCUCAUGUAUAGCCAGAUGAACAUCUUACCAGAGGAAACAAGUGUCCCUGGACCUCAGAAAUGUUCCGAGAAUGAUACUCGUAUGGAUACUGUAGUAAUGGAAGCAUUGUUUGCAUAUGAAGAACCUAGGAAGGUUGCUUCCAACUUUAGCUGCAACACUGAGAACCUUUUUACUCAAUCAGACUGUGAAACCAUUUCUGCCAAAGAUGUUGCUGAAAGUAUUAUUACAAAAGCUGAUAAUGCACAUCCCAAUAUUAAUGGUCAACAUAAGGUGAGGAAAAAAACCUUGGACAAUGAAGAAGAUUUCCUUGGGCAUUGUGAGUCAGAGCAGAGUAGAGACAAAGACAGACCAAGAAGAUCAAAAGAAACUGAACUAAUUUCAAAAGAAAUCAAAAGGUCUCCUGAGAUCAAAGAAAAACUAGGGCAAACCUCCUCUAUAAAGGAUGAUGUUGAAUGUAGUUCUAAAAAACUUGUAUCUCUAGAUACCACAGAUAAAUGCCAAGUCACAAAGGACAUUUCUAACAAUUCUCUAGACAUACCACCUGUUAAUGGCUCUGCUGUUACAAACCAGAGUAAACUUUUGAAGAGUGAAUUUCCCAGAGAAAACAAAGGACUGAGUAACAGAAAAUCUGAAGAAGAUAAGCAUAGGAAAAAAUAUAAGAAAAGAGAAUAUGACUCUCAAAAAAAUGACAAAGAGCACUACAGAAAAAAGAGAGAAAUCUCAGAUACUGAAGAGGAGAAGCAAAGCAGAAGCAAAGCAGAUGAUUCCUACAAGAGGCGGUGCUCUCGCAGCAUGGAAACGAGCAAGCACAAUCGUAAUAAGCAGGAGUAUUGUAAUGACAGCAAGUAUAGAUCUUUCCAUAGCGAAAGAAACAGUCCAAAUGAUGGCAAAAGCUCAGGAAAAUAUCCUCAGUAUAGAUCACGGAGCAGAGAAGGAAUGGAACAGGACAGGAAUAGGUAUUAUCUUUACAAACGAGAGAGAACUUGGAGUCGAGAAAGAUACCAUCAAGAUCAGCUAAGGAGAUGGGAAAAAUGCAAGUACUACAAUGAUUAUUAUUCCUGUUAUGGAACAAGGGAUGGUAGAGAAAGAAAGUCCCUUUAUUUUGAUAAAGACUGUGACAAAUGGAGUCAAACUUACAACAGGUCACAUAAGGAUUAUCAUAGCAAAAGCAGACAGCCUCACAGUGCAUUCUCUAGAGAUGAAGAUGCGUAUCACUUAGGCAGCCACAGAGCAAAUUUACAUCAUUGUUCAGUACCUCAGCAGUACUCAGAAAAAUACUCUCGUGAAAGGCAUGCACUUCCACCUGGGGCAAGUCAUUCACAUUUUGAGGACUCUUCCUGGGAAAAUGAAAAAGCAAAACAAAGAAAUAGCAAAAGAAAAUACACCCACGGAGAAGGAAGCGGAAGCGAGACAGAAAAGAAAUGCCGAAAGACGGAUGACCAAAGAAUGAAGAAAGAGGUGAAGAAGGUCAAGAAGAAAAAGAAGUCCAAAGAGAAACAUCGAGAGAAGGAUUACAAACAUUAUGAUUUGGAUUUCUCUGUGCUCCGCUUCGAGAAUGACAAUCGCAAACAUAAGAAAAAGAAGAAAAAGAAGGAACAAAUCAGGAAACCAAAAGACUUCCUGGAAUAUUUAGAUGCUCGUUUCCAGAAUAAAACACGGGAGAAGAAGGAAGGAUCCUGUCCUCCAGGCGACUCCUUAAGUGAGCAAUACAGAAACCAGGGCAGGGUUUCCUCCAAGGCAGGGAAUCCUUCAAGUCCAGCAGGUAACAGCAAGAAAAGGAGCUCCAUCACAUCCAGUGGGGAUGUUAAAGAUGUGGAAAGGAUUGAUGGAAGCCUUCAAUACUCAAACUAAACCUACCAUCAAAACCAACAACUUUUUACCAUCAAGCCCAACUUUCUACCAUAAAAAUCAACAACUUUUUACCAUCAAACCCAACAUUGCCAAUAUAGACCAUCAAACCUGACCUUACUGAUCUUGGCCAUCAGACCAGACCUCACUGGACCCAACCUACAUUACUGAUCUUGACCGUCGAACUCAACAUUACCAAUAUUGACCAUCAAAACUUAAAAGUUAUUAUCAAAACAUUUACGAUCAAGACAAAAUCCAGUCAUAAGUGGUGCUCAAACAUUUCUGUACAGAAUUUUACCAUGAAAGAACUUUUUUUUAGUUUUUAACUUGAGACUUUCUUUUUUUAAGAUAUACUUGUAAUCCAAAAUGGUGGAAACUUUUUACAACUGCUGAACAUUGUAAAUUACCACAUAAAUAUCUCACUGAGGUGAGAUAAUGCCCUGGUAUAGACCAUCUCAAAUGCUGCUUAAUUACAGACUCAGGUUGACUUUAUGUUAUUCAUGUAAUGUUACUCCAAGUUAGGCAUCUGGUGCAAGAGCGACCAGGAAUUAUAAAAGUUGCAACUGACAGUCUGUAUAUUUAAUUUAAAGACUUAUUUAAAACUUCACAAGCUCUCAAAUAACUAGAGUUUGGCAAGAGCUGCAUCUUUUUUUCUGUGAUGUCUGACACUAGAAACUAAUUUACUUCACAAUUGAGUUAUAUUCAAGACCUGAAGAAAAUAUUCUGGCUUUCAACAUUGUGAAACGACAAAUAUGCAGUUCUGAAUGUAUCUCUCAAGACUAUUUGUGUACUCUUCCAUCCGUUUUUAUUACAUUUUCUUAAUAUACUGUCACUUGUCUUAAGUCUCAGUUGUCUGUUUUGUCUCUCUAAAGUGUCUAGUUACAGACAAAUUCAUACUGUGAUUUUUAUUUUUAUUAUUAAAUGCUAUCAAACUGUGAUGCACUUAUUAUUCGCUGGUCCUGCAUCAGGAAAUGAGUGGGGAACCUGUAUUAAAUACAGUUUGUCUGAAUAAUUGUCUGCUUUAUACAAGCUGUGUUGUUCAGAGAUGUCUGAAGUUUGAUCUUUGUUUUUUUAAAGAUAAAAGCACUUGCCCCACUAUAAAUAUAUAGCAUGUAAAAUUUAUAUACUAUAUAAAUACAGCAAAGUUAAAAUGGA